CGGGGCCGGCUGAGCACGAAGCAGCCCUAGAGAAAAAGACUCUGGCCUGAACCGGGUCGAAUUAAGCGCUUCGCGCUGCUCUGCACCAAAAUGACAGCGCCGAUGUGGAAGCCAUCUUGGUACAGAAGGGAAGUCGCCGUGCUAGUUCCCGCCCCCUCGCCUCGUUGAAAACGGAGGAGGCGGUCUCCGGCUCGGGAGCCGGCCUCGCCCACCCUCCCCUCAAAUAACCUCCUCACCCGCGCAUGCGCGCCGGGGCAGGGCCGCCGCCGCCGGGCGCCGCCAUCUUGGUAAAGGACUGGAACCGAGAGACGAGACUUCCUGUUCCCGCGGGAGCUGGAGGCGGGACUGCCACGUCCGAGUAGACCUGGCGCGGAGCGGAUCCCGGAGCUGCGUGAUGGCCAGAAGCCUGGGGGCCCCCCACUGGGUGGCCGUGGGACUGCUGACCUGGGCGGCCCUGGGGCUGCUAGUGGCCGGACACGGGGGUCAUGGCGACCUGCACGAGGACCGGCACGAAGACUUCCAUGGCCACAGCCACUCACAUGAGGAUUUCCAUCAUGGACACAGCCACGCCCACGGCCAUGGCCACACACACGAGAGCAUCUGGCAUGGGCAUACCCAUGCUCACGACCACGAACAUUUGCAUGAGGAUUUGCAUCAUGACCAUAGCAAUGGCCACUCCCAUGAGAGCCUCUACCACAGAGGACAUGGACAUGACCAUAAGCACAGCCAUGGAGGCUAUGGGGAGGUUCCAGGCAGCAAGCGGGACCUGGAUACUGUCACUCUCUGGGCUUAUGCACUGGGGGCCACAGUGCUGAUCUCUGCAGCUCCAUUUUUCGUCCUCUUCCUUAUCCCUGUGGAGUCAAACUCCCCCCGGCACCGCUCUCUGCUCCAGAUCUUGCUCAGUUUUGCUUCUGGUGGGCUCCUGGGAGAUGCUUUCCUGCACCUCAUCCCUCAUGCCCUGGAACCUCAUUCUCACCACCUUCAGGAGCAGCCGGGACAUGGACACUCCCACAGUGGCCAGGGCCCUAUUUUGUCAGUGGGACUGUGGGUCCUCAGUGGAAUUGUCGCCUUUCUUGUGGUGGAGAAAUUUGUGAGACACGUGAAAGGAGGACACGGACACACUCAUGGACAUGGUCACACACACGGAAGUCAUGGACAUGGAACACAGGAGCGCUCUGCAAAGGAGAAACAGAACUCAGAGGAAGAAGAAAAGGCAGCAGAGGGGUUGAGGAAGCGGAGAGGAGGGGGCACAGGGCCCAAAGAUGGGUCAGUGAGACCUCAGAAUUCUGAAGAGGAAAAAACAGGUUCAGAUCUCCGAGUAUCAGGGUACCUCAAUCUGGCUGCUGACCUGGCACACAACUUCACAGAUGGUCUGGCCAUUGGUGCUUCAUUUCGAGGGGGUUUGGGAUUGGGGGUCCUGACCACGACGACUGUCCUGCUACAUGAAGUGCCCCACGAAGUUGGGGACUUUGCCAUCUUGGUCCAGUCUGGCUGCAGCAAAAAGCAGGCAAUGUGUCUGCAACUACUGACGGCAAUAGGGGCGCUGGCAGGCACAGCCUGUGCCCUCCUAACUGAAGGAGGGGCAGUGGGCAGUGAAGUUGCAGGUGGUACAGGCCCUGGCUGGAUUCUGCCAUUCACUGCAGGUGGCUUUAUCUACGUAGCGACGGUGUCUGUGUUGCCUGAGCUGUUGAAGGAGGCUUCACCAUUGCAAUCACUUCUGGAGGUGCUGGGGCUGCUGGGGGGAGUUGUCAUGAUGGUGCUGAUUGCCCACCUCGAGUGAGAGGUGGGAUAAACUGCCCCCACCCCAGCCCCAAGCCUUUAGCCUCUCAGUCCUCUGGGUCUGGGGUCUGUGGAGGUUGGGGGCCUGGCCAGACUCAUCUGCCAAAGGAAGUUGUUUCCUAGGGAAGUACUGGUGUGGGCAUGAAAGCAGCAAGAUUUGACAGUCUUCUAGGAGCUGUAGGGAUGAGUAUGAGAGGCCAGAGGGACCAUAGUGUUGGGCAUGUGCUGACCAUGUUGGGUGUGGGGCACUAAAUGGGGCCAUGGAGAAGGCUGGAAGAGACCACUGAUGGUGGCCUACGGAGCCUCCUACCCCACCUGUUCUCAAGAGAACCAAGCUGCCACACACAGAUUUCCCCAAGGUCCUCCUCCUCCUCCCUCCCACCUGUGGGUGGGGGCUGCAGGGAGGGCUAGAGCCCUGGGAGUGGGAGCAGCAGGCGUCGCGAUAAACAUCUACUAAACUUCAAUCGUGUGUCUUGAUUUGGAGGGGAGGGGCUUUAGUUGCUAAUCUCAUUGCCUGAUUUUUGUUUCUAAUAUUUUUUAUAUCGCUGUUUGAAUCGAGGGGGUGGGGUGGUGACCGGAAAUAAAGUCCUCGGAUCUUCCGCCCCAAA